GGGAUCUGACUGCAUCACAACGCUGACCUAUCAAAAACAAAAUGUUGCAUUGUAACCCAUAUGAACGGCACGUGCUGUGGUCUGCUUAACAAGCCAGCAUUGCCAUCCCAGCGUUGCUGAUGAUGCCAUGCGCGCCAGUGGUUCUGCACGCAUUCGACUGCUCUGCUUUCGAGGUCCUCCGUGUGCGUGACGUUUCAUUCAUCUUUCGCGAUGUCUCCCAAGAUGCGGGGAUCUGUCCUGUGCGUGCAGUGGAGUCGGGUAACAACUCCACACGCAGGCGGGGGGAGGGCUGUCUUGCCCGGCCCACGAUAUCCAGGUCUAACAUAUCCCAGGCACCAGACCGCAUGCCGAUGGCCGUUUCCUCCCAUGCCAAUGCACUGAAACCGAAUUGUUGUCCUCCUCUUACCGGCCUUCCCCUGGUGAAGGCUUUGAUACCAUUUCUCCAUCUCCAUCUUGUAUGCGUCCUUGCAUCCUUUUCAGUCCAAGCCAGUCGUGUCGUACGCCCUUCGAUAUGCCAUUCUUCCAGCAGAGAGUCGAGGAAAGUGGAGUCCGUGCCGCCCACCGUUCCCGCGCAGUAGCGAUGUAGAACACAGCCAGGUGCCUUUCCCGAGUGUGGCGACUGAAGACGCUAACGCUGACGCCUCGAGUGGGCAACGGUGUGAUCGGUCGGCAGAGAACACGGUCGGAACGAACAAUUUCC